CACCAACAGCGCCUCCGCACGCCGGCGCGAAUCAAGCAACUCUUUGGCGUUGUGUUUCCUUCGUCCCGCACCGCAAGGGGUUUGGUGCGGAGAAGUUGACGCGGGGCCUUGAAAGUAUAGCGGCCCGCGAUGUCGUCUGAUCAUUAAUUUCGAUCAAGUCCAGUCGGUCGCUCUCCUCUUGAAUUGAGGUUACAGCACAUUGAUUGCCACUCAUCAUCGUUCCUGGUUCCAGUAGCAUGCGGUCAGGUUUUCUCUGCAGGAAAGCCGUGACUUCUUUCUGUCGGCGUAUUAGUGGCGCUUUUAGUCUGCGGCAAUGAACCAGGACCACCCAAGUCCUGCAGUUGUUCACACGUUUAAAUAAGAACAGGUGCUGUUCGGGCAUUGAGGAAACAGAAAUCAUCCUUCAAGGUAUUCUAUUCCACGGCUUCUCGCCGCGGCAGCAACCAUGUUGAUCGUGACAGCUCACCACGACUACACCACGUCGGAGGCUGGCAACCCCUUCGUGGACGGAUGGUACGCUGAUCCAGACUGUCAAUUCUACCGAGGUGAAUACUGGGUCUAUCCGACUUCGUCCUACCCGUACGAACAGCAGACGUACCUCGAUGCCUUCUCGAGCCCAGACCUGGUCAACUGGACAAAGCAUCCCAGAAUCCUCACCAAUGAAAACGUCACAUGGGCGCACAAGGCCAUGUGGGCCCCGUCCCCCAUCUCGCGCAACGGCAAGUAUUAUCUGUACUUUGGCGCCAACGACAUCCAGACCAACGAUGAGCUCGGCGGCAUUGGCGUUGGCGUUGCGGACCGCCCAGGGGGCCCGUAUGUUGACGCUCUGGGCAGGCCCCUGAUUGACAAGUUCCACAAUGGGGCCCAGCCCAUUGACCAGAACGUUUUUAUUGAUGACGAUGGACAAGCCUAUAUAUAUUAUGGAGGCUGGAGUCACUGCAAUGUCGCCAAACUAAAUGAAGACAUGAUAUCACUGGGGACGUUUGAUGACGGAACCACAUACAAGGAGAUCACUCCGGAUCAGUAUGUCGAGGGAGCGCUCAUGAUGAAACGAAAUGGGAGAUAUUACUUCUUUUGGUCAGAAGGAGGCUGGACCGGGCCUGAUUAUGCGGUCAGCUACGCUAUUGCUGAUAGUCCACUGGGUCCUUUCAACCGCAUCGCCCGGAUCUUGCAGCAGGACCCGGCAGUAGCCACCGGAUCAGGACACAACGGUGUGCUAAAGGUUCCAGGAACUGAUAUACACUAUAUUGUAUAUCACCGACACCCCUUGGGCGACCAAGACGGAAACCACAGGCAGCUGGCAUAUGAUCGGAUUUACUUCAACCCUGACGGCACAAUCCAACCCAUCACAAUGCUCGUCAAAGACAACUUUGCCGAUGGGAACAUGAUCGGCUGGCAGACAUAUGGUGGUAACUGGAGCGUCCACGAUGGCCACCUUUUUUCUGGGGAUGGAGGCAAGGGGGAUAAAGCUGCGCUCAAUGUCAACUUUGGCGACCAGGUGCUAAACGCUGACAUCACCCUGAUAUCCGGCGAAAAGGACGCCGGCCUCAUCUUCCGCGCGUCGCAGCUCGGCCAAGGCGAGGAUCUUUACAGCGGAUAUUACGCCGGGAUCAGUGCAUCUGGCUACAUUGUUCUAGGCCGUGCAGUCGUGGAAAAUGGAACGGGUACCUGGCACGAGCUGCAUCGAGUCAAAGGAGUGGCCAUCGAGACGAGCAAACGGUAUCAUCUUCGCAUCCGGGCGGUCGGGAACAAGAUUGACGUGCUGUUGGGUGAUAUGGGAACCCCAAAGAUUACGUUUGAAGAUGGCGAACGUAUCGGACAGUGGGACGCGCCCGCAAGCGGGACGGUGGGUGUCAGAGUGCAUACAGCGGUUGCGCAGUUUGACAAUAUCUCUGUGGCGAAGGCGUGAUGAUUGAUAAUUAUGUGAAAAGAUUUAGCUACCGAAAUUUAUUUGCCAUGAUUCUGUCGCAGCCUUUGAACCAUUUGACAGGUAGUCUGGAGCAAUGAGACUGGCACCAAGGCUGUAAUCUUCAAAUCCACCCAUGGCGCGAGAAUUAGGAUUCGAUGGAUACACAGAUCUAUACAUGAGUACUUGCCUGAAACG